GCGGGUGCGCGGGCGGACGUCGGGCGGGCUGACUGCGCUCCGGGACUGCCUCCCUAGCUCUCUGCUCCGGCUGCAGAGUGCUGUCGCCGAGGUCCCUGCGGUCCCUUUUGUACUCGUCACGAGGGCGCCAACGGAAGGGCUCGAGCUGGGAGACAGGCGCGAACCGAGGCUACAGCCUCACCAUGAAGGUGAAGAUUAAGUGUUGGAAUGGUGUAGCCUCCUGGCUUUGGGUUGCCAAUGAUGAGAAUUGUGGUAUUUGUCGAAUGGCUUUUAAUGGCUGCUGCCCAGACUGUAAGGUCCCUGGGGAUGACUGCCCCCUUGUGUGGGGACAGUGCUCACACUGUUUCCACAUGCACUGUAUUCUCAAGUGGCUUAAUUCUCAGCAAGUGCAGCAGCAUUGUCCCAUGUGUCGACAGGAAUGGAAGUUCAAGGAGUGACUGAUAGCUUCUGUGACAUCUGCCUUCUACCUGUCAUGUGGUGAAGAACUCUGUAACCUUGGGCAUAUUGAUCCCAAGCUACAAAAAGGGGUCAUUUUUACACUCCUGUAGGCCUUGAUCCUUUUAGCAGGAACCUGAGACCACCCACAUAAUAGGAAGGACGUGGGAGACAAGGUGGGCACACAGUCACCUUUCUUCUUCUGAUGUGUUUUAACCCUCUCUGUUAGUGGAUAGAAGCUGGUGUGGUUGCAGGAUUAGGCUUCUUUGAUUAUAAGAGGGUUGGAAGGAGGACUGGACUUGAUUUUGUUUUUUUCCAUUUUACAGUGUUGAAACUUUUUAUCUUGAGAACUAAAAUUCAUUAAACUGUCAGAGCCUUGCUAAAGGCCCUAGGGCCCCCCAGUUCUUCACUUGAUAGGUUUAUAAGUCUUUGAUGUGUCUUGAUAUGAAAAUGCUCAUGAAUAAACAUUUCUGUGAAACAUCA